GGAGAUUGAAUUUGUUCGACACCGUAUGGUGUCGCCAUCUGUCGGUACAACGGUUCAGCUUCUUCUGCGCAUGCGUAAAUCUCGCACAUGCUCAGUGGCGUUGUGUGGAAUUGUCAGAAAAUAUUUAUAAUUAUUUAUCAAAAUAGGAUAAUAUCUACGAAAAUGCUGCAAAUUAAGGGCACAGAAAUACAAUAGGAAUGAACUCUUAUAUGUUUUCUAGCUAUUGGAUAAGUUAAAGACCACAUCAGGGUAGUUAAUUUGCCGUUUUUAGGGCCCCAAAGUGCAGGUUCCCUGCAUGGGCUGUGCAUUUCAGGAAAAUCCAUUGGAAAUUGCAGGGAGACUGCAAUAAAUUCUUGGGUUGGACAUUUUCACAUUUCUGAAGGUGUAAAAUGGAUACUGACGUGCCAGAAAUUAGCUCAUUGGACGAAUACAGCAGUGAGAAGGCAAAGUUCCAAGCCUCUAUCUUGUGGUUGUUGACCAAGGCACAGAAGAAUGUCACGGCCGACCAGAAGAACCUCUUCUAUGAGGAUAUGGAGGGUGCAUGGUACAUCAAACCCCAGCUGAUGAACCGGUUGACGUCGGGGGAACUUUACUGUGCUGCGUGUGCUAACAUCUUCCAGGAAUCACCGUCAAAAUGGCAAGGGCAUUCAGCUGUGAUCCAGACUCUGUCACGGAAGGGUAUUUACGUGGUAGAGGAUGACGGGGAGACGACAGUCACAGAAACAGUCCUCAUGCAGACAGCUCCGUUUAGAAUUAGUGCCCAUCUUGCGAUGAUCAAUUCCAUAAUGAAAGCUUACACAUCACACGUUGUCUCUAUAGAAAAGGUCGUACAGGCAGUGAGAAAAUUCACGACAGUCUCUGCGUCGAGUGAGUUGCCCUACGAUGUGGAAGACGCCAUGCUGUUCUGGAUCAACAAGUCAUGUUCGACGGUCAAGCGGAGAUUGGAGAAGGAACACAAGGCAAAAACGGACGCUGCGAAAAAGUCAACGUCCGAAGCAUCCGGGUUACCCAGCAUUCCAUUGAUGGAUGACCUUCUCAAGGACAUUGGGGACGGCAGCGCCAUGGCAACCCUCAUCAGUUUCUAUUGCCCGAAUUGCCUUAAACUAGAUGAUAUAUGCCUAAAACCGUACCUAGCGAUUGCAGAUUCCCUCUAUAACAUUCAACUCGUCAAGAAGUUCUGCGACUCGAAUCUUCCUCGUCCCGUCUUUCAUUUCUCGUAUAACGACAUGAUGUACACGUCAGAAAUACUCAAGACGAACCUUGUGGCGUUCUUCGCCGAGAUGUUCUACAUGUUUGAGGUGAAUAAGGUCGACUGCGUGACAGGACCGGUGAUGAAGACGGCGACAGCUGAAUCUCCUGCAGUUGUUGACGAAGCUGCACGGCCAACCACAGCCAAGAAAACUGCAAUUCCCCCCAUCAGUGAUGUGACCAAGAGGAGUUUCCAACGGCCAGCAGAACUUGGCAAGGGCACCUCUGACCCUGAACUCAGCAAACUCAAUGCAAAUCUUCCAACCCGCCAACAACUUUUGCCCAAGAGACAGCAAGCUUCCAGCGAUGGUGAUGAACCGUCUCAGAAAUUGAGUGCAGGAGCACAACAGUCCCGUGCCUGGGAGGAACGGCGCUCGCCGGAAAAGCCCACUGCUGCCGACAUAAAACAUCGAACUUACUCCAAGGCACAGUUACGGAAAAUAGCCGCAGAAAGUGGAAUUGCCGAUAGCACGUGUAGCACAGAGACUCGAAGUAGCGAGGGAAGUUUGUUGACGAAUGUUAGCUUGGAUUCAGAUCUAAUGGAGAGUGCGACGUUUAGUUUCUCUGAUACGGAUACGCCGCGGGAUACGGCUCGGAGUACGGCUCCAGCGAACGUCACAGAUCCUUCACAUCCGGAUUAUAUGGAGUUACAAAGUGUGACCUCGCUGGUUGGGACAGCGCGUUCUGACACGUCGCAAAGACCGACAGGAUUUACGGAACCUCUCAUGCCCGCGUUAUUAAAACCCGCAAAGGAGAAAAACAAUAGUCAUCCUAAGGACGUUGAAAGUGGCGAGGCGGUGAAACGGAGCCCGGGGUCACCGACUAAACCGGUGGGUAAAGUUAACGGGAGCCCAAAGCAUGUUGCGCCACAAGUUGACAGUGAUUCGAGUUCUGAUGAGGAGUUCAUGACGCCGCAGGCUUCGCAGCCUAAUACGCCAUUUGGUGGUUCACCGGAAAGAAACACUAAUUCUUUACCGGCGAAAGUGUCGCCGAAGAAAAGUUCUCCGCAGAAAGUAGUGCCGCCUUCAAAACCUGUUACUGUAGCACCACCUGUUGCCCCGCCACAGGAAACAGAAACGCAGCAAAAUGCGGCAUUCUUUAUAGACACUGAAAACGGCGUCGAAAGACCUAUCAAAUCUAAAGAACCUCCAGUGGAGGCCUGUCCAUUUAAUUCACGCCGUGGUGCUCCGGUUUCUCAAAGUUUUGUCAGGACUGACCGGCCAUUGACUGCAAAUUUAGCGCGCAAAGUUGGUAUACCAGUGAUAGGGGACAGUGAAUCGCAAGCUGGGCGUUUGUUUGAGAGUGUGCCGCGUCGCGAUUCUGAGGGUCACAGCUCUAGCGACUUUUCUGAUCAUGAGUCAAGUAAGAUUCAUCGGGAUCAUAAACUGAAGGAGAGUAACGACAUGGAGGGGUCGUUUUAUCUUCCUCCACGGACUGACUCCUCCGCUGACACUACGCGCCCAGAUUCGUUAUUCGGGAAAGAUAAGGAGACUGAACAGAAGGCAUUAUCGGAGGUACAGGUCAAUGAUACGAAACCCAGCCCUACGACAAGCUUUGCAGAGUUGAAGAAACAGCGUAGUGGGGUGACAGAAACGCCUCCAGAAGUCGCUGUGUAUCAUUCUGAAACUGUAGAGGCACCGUCGAUGAUAUCGCUAAAAUCACAAUUUCAGAGAUCGAAGGAGGAGCAGACGUCGAAACCGGUUAAAAAGACGACGUUUGCUGCGCUGCCCAAUCAAACAACGUGGCAGGAGAGCGCACAGAAAAGUGCUCAGAAGAUGAAGGAUAUGAAUAAAGAAAAUGAGGCAGAAGCAGUGCAACCUUUGGCAUCGGAAAUUUCGAGUAUUCGUCUGAAAUUGGAAGCGAAACGACGGAACAUAGAGUUGGAAAAGAAAAAGAUUGAAGUGCAGUGGACGAAGCAGAGGCAACGUUUAGGGAAGGCAGCGUUCCUGCAUGUGGUGGCGAAGGGGAAGGGCGAUAAGAUUGACAGUAUAGAGGAAGAGAAGGAAGAGGGGAAAUCACGCGAGGUUUCGGUGGAGCGGAAAGCGAGUCAUCGUGAGCGUCUGCCGUCGGAUGAUAAGAAAUUUGAAGAGAUACCAAGGCGAGAGGAGGUACAGAGACGGGAAGAGCCAAGGCAUGAUGCGUUGUCAAAACGGCGUGAUUCUGAACCGGUUCGGCAGCGGACGCCACCACCGCAGUCCCGGCCACGGUCUGCUACGCCUCCAAGAUCCGAGACCCCGCCGCGGUCACGUACGCCUGUCCAGGUGCGGACAGAACCUGCUGGGGAAGAGAAAGUUCGCCGUGAUAGUAACAGGUCCACGCCACCACCACCGCCACCACCAUCAACACAGGCUGGUGACAUGAAGGCGGAGAAAGAUGGGAAGAAGUAUUCAACAGAGGAGAUAAAGUCGACGAUAGACAACGUCCGGCAGAAAUGGUUCGUGGACCAAUCGCCAGUACAUGCACAAAAAGAUUCAGGUGACGCUAAACCAUUCCAACCACCGAAUGAGGAGAAUGCCAACGACUAUGGGAACUCUUUAGAGAAAUUGAAUAUGAGUCUUAAUGAUCUACAAGGUGAGAUCAUGAAGUUGACGUUACAGCAGGAGCAGAUUACGAAAACGAUAACUACAGCUACACCGAAGACUUCUGCUGAUCCGCAGCCAACGACGACACCAGUGGUGACCAUGUCAACGUCUGCUCCAACCACCCAGACGCCUGCUCCUCAUGUUCCUCCACUCAGCCAAUCACAUGAUCCGUAUUAUUCUCAGCACGGGAAGCCCCCGAUACCCGGCGAUCCUUACGGGAAUUAUCCUCACCAGAAUCCCUAUAUGAUGCAGCCCCAGGGGCCAUACGGCAGCCAGGAGUUUCAACGCUAUGGGAUGCCGCCGUACCCUUUGAAUGCAAGCCAGCAAGGGUACAUGCAGGGGUACCCGCAUGGGGUGCCACCACAUGGUGCAUCCCCACUGCAACAGUUUCAACAGCAGCAGAUGUAUCAACACUUAUACGGGCAACACCCGGGGGCCAGACAACCGUUCCCUGGUCAGACGCCGUAUUCAACCCAGUCAACACCUCCACAAUCAUAUCUCCACAAUGUCUCGGCCGCGUCGACGCAAUACGGCGUCUCUAACUAUCAACCGUACAGUUCAACACUUACAACAAAUUCAAAUAUUAAUCUACCGCUAACGCAACCUGGUCAGCCUCUCAGUCAUACUGGUGCCUCUCCGUCACAUCAUCACACAACGACAUCAACGGCAUAUCAGCGAUCUUCACCUCAAUCUCCUGUGUCCGCGUCACAAUCGAAAUCUUCCCCGUCGCAUUAUGAAACAGAGCCAGUGUCGGAUUAUUCACGUGCGACGGACGGUUAUAGUUCUAUGACGAGUAGUCACAUGUCAGUGUCCGGUACCGGUAGUUUCCAUAGCACCGGGUCUGAUCCGGCUUCAACUGCAUACCUCCCGUCACCUACCACAAGUCUUCCAAAACCAUCCCCUGUACAAAGUCCAGUGAACACUACGAAACAACCGCCAUCUAGUGACUACAAUACAAAUUACCAGGAGUAUAAAGCGAAUAUGGACCGUAAUUAUAAAGUUCAGAGUCCGGUUUCGGAUCGUAGUCCGGUUCAUGAACCAGAACCGGAACCGUCACCGGAGGUGGAACUUCCUGCUGAUAUGAAUGUUGAGGAGGAUGGUAGUGGAUUUUAUAUUUCGUUUGGUGAUUCUGUCACUCCUAAAAAACCGAAACCGAAAUUCCUGCAGAAACGCCGCAAAGAGGAAGAGGUUCAAGAAGAGGUGGCGGUAACGAAACCGGCUCCGCCGCCAGUACGGCAACCAGUACCACAACCGGUGGUAUGUGAGACAUCACCGCCACAGGAGAAACACUCGGCGCGACAUCAGGAGAUUCAAAAUGCUUCCUAUACGGUUCCGGUGGAUAUACCGCAGCAGUCACCAAAGCCGGAUAUAGAACUUCAAGAGAGCGUGCGACCAAGUCCACCUGGUGUUGGCUUUGUGAUAGGACAGGAUGAAAAGACCCUGAAAGAGGCGGAAGAACUGGCGAUCCAGAAACGUAAGGAAAAAGUGAUGCAACUACAGAUGAAGCGACGUCAGGAAGCGGAAAAGAAGGCGGCCAAGUUGGAACAAGCCAAUGCAAAGAAACGCGAGGAGCAACGAUUGAAAGAAGAGCAGGCAGAGGCGAAAAAGGCAGAAGAAAAAGCAAAACGGGAGCAAAUCUUCCAGGCGUACCUCGCACGCAAAGCUGCCGAGGAGGAAGAAGAGCGUGGUGGACCUCCGGCGCGGGAACCGCCGAAACCCAAGGCCAGAAAACCUGGUAAAUCUCGUCCCGGCCCUGCUGCAGUCAAAGCAACUGCUGCAGCGCUCGGGGGUGGCGAUGACAAGAAGUCGAUAUCGUCCGCAUCCCUGAGUUCCCAAGAGGAGUUUCAUGCGCGGUCUGAGUCGCCGCCCGCUCAGCCCCCUGGGCAAGGUAUUAGAAAGAUGCGAAAAGGAAGCAGCCCAGCCGUCAUCCAUUCUCUCUACACGAAAGACGACGCAUCAUCGUCGUCAGGCAGCGUCACCCAUCGCCGUGGAGACAGUCCAGGUGGGUCGGGAUCCAGACUAUACCGCAGCCAAUCAGCGUUUGUUUUGAGUAAAGCGAAGCAUCGUGGUUCGAUGAGUAGGCUAGAAAACCGCAAAGGCUUCUCACGGAUGAAUCACAGUGAUCACAGUGACACCGGGUCCAAUCCGGACUACGUGGGACCCAAACUCUACGUGAAACCCAAGUCGAUGUCCAAUCGAAAUGUGAUCCAGAAUGCCAUAGCAUAUUGUUGCCUGGCUGGUACAGUCAACCAUGGACUCAAAAAUAAAACCUUAGAAGAAAUGGACGUCUGUGAAGCGAAUCACUUCUUGAUUCUGUUCCGGGACGCUGGGUGUAAAUACCGGGCGCUCUACCAGUACAAUCCCGACACAGAGGAAGUCCUGAAAGUCAGCGGCACAGGCCCAAAACAAGUUACGCCCAAAAUGUUAGAUAGGUUUUAUAAGUACAACUCUGGACAGAAGAGCUUCAGCCAGAUUAACACGACGAAACAUUUAUCCGUCUCCAUCGAUGCUAUAACGAUCCAAUCAAGUCUCUGGCAGAGCAAGAAGCCAUCGGGACCAGUGUCCGUCGCUGCCAAACGCCCGCCGCCCAGAUGAGGCCGGCGCGCCCUCUAGUUGUUGCUUUUGUAAACGUUGCGGCGUUCCCUGUUUUGUUGUUAUAAUGGGACGGAUGCUGUGCUGUGAUUGGACAGCGGAAUGAUUUAUCGAUCAGAAUGUCGAAUUCAACUUCAGAUUUCAAAUUUUGAACGAGAAGCACAGGCCUCUAGAGGAGGCGUGCACAGGCCUCUAAGAGGAGGGGUGUCUCGAGUCGAGAAGGUUGAGCCGGCUAAGAUUGUCAAUGGGUUCCUCUCUAGGAGGUGAUGUGGGUCAAUGGUCAUACAUCCUGAACUGUACACAAACAUUUGUUAGAAUAUCAAUGCACAUUUUCAGAUGUACUCAAGAAUCACCUCCAUUACCAUGGCGUCUGUUUUAUAUCCUGGCCUGGUAUCAUCACUCGACUCUCGUCAUUAUCUAGAGACAUUCCUCAUUUCAAUAGCCGAUGGUGAACAGUGCUUGGAUGUAUCUAUCUACACCAUAGUCUUUCAUAUCAUUCAGGCCGCACCAAUUUAAUACCUUGGAUUGGGCUGCUGUGGAAUCUAGAUCAGAGGAAGGGAAAGACACACAAUUUGAAUUUUAACAACAAAAGAAAAAGCAUGGUUUUCAAAGGCUGAGGUUCAGUGCACCCGCUAUCUGAGGAAUUAUAUUGUUGUGGCCUUAUAGCGAUCUGUACUUGUUGUGAUUGUUAUUGUCCUUAUCAGGUGGCACUGUUUGAUGUGCUUUGGCCUGACACCUAUUGGUGUCAUACUGAACUAGAUCUUCUGGAUGUUACUUACUGUGUGCUGCUUUGUUCUGGAAUUCAAAAAUGUUGCUACGCAGUGCUGCCAUCGUGUGGUAGUCAAGUGAACUAUGUGCUGGUAUCGGAGACUGAAGCAAGUCAAUCUCCUUCGCGGAGUUACGACGUUUCUCUCUGUUGUUGGAGAUUGAUAUGAUCACUCCACAGACCUUUGCUGACAGUGAGGCAAACUCUUGUUGAUUGGCUGCGACAUUGCAGCGUCACGCUUUGAUAAAAAGUCCAAGAUUGUGAGACUUUCUGCAGGAUUGUUGACAGGGGUUGCUGCCAAGAAACAAAAUAGCAACUGCGGUGCCCCUGUAGUAGAGGUUGGAAAAAAGCCAGUUCUCAGCUUUUGUGCCCAAACUGAGAAGAAAAAGACAUCAUUGUUGAUUUAAAACUAUAGAAAGGUGUGAUAUCAGUAUCAAUGUACUUAAUUCCACUGAAUCAGUGUUCAAAUGCUAACAUGGAGUUUCAAGGAACACAUGCUUUGUCUUCAGGAUGAACUUCUGUACCUCUGGCCACAAUAGUCUAGUACAUCCACACGCUUUGAGCUUUUGUGAUGGCAUGGCCUAUAGUUGAAGUAAUAUUUCCCAUUCUCCUCGAUGAAUGACGGAAGGAAUGAAUGUUGUAUCCAUGUUAAUUAAAUGUUCAUUGGUCGGCGCAUAAUCUUUCUUAGUUUGGCGUGAUUAUUCGUUUUUUGUUCCAUGAGAACUGAGGAAUUCAUUAGUUGCUGUCAACAUGUCAUUUUUGCCGAAUAUUUGGUAACUUUGCCCGUUUAAAAUGUCCUUUAAAAGACAGGCAAGGGGAAUUACCUAAAAGAAUUUCCUUUUAUGGAAGGAAUUCCUAUGUUGAUUAUACUCCUUGUCUGGCUUUAGGCCGAUAUUUUAAGGGAUGGUAAAAAUUGGCAUGUUUUACACUAAAGAAAAUUCUUCAUCUUUUCUUCCUCUUUGGCGGACUAUAGCUGCGCGUACACCACGAAAUAUUGGAAAUAUUGAAAUAUAUGGAUCGGCAAUUAGCUAGUUAGAUGGUUUGGCUCCAGGCGGCGCUUUCUGCUUACUGUUUGCGCGCCAUCUGUUGCCGGAUUUUAUAACUAGCUGCAGCGCUGGUGUACGCGCUUGGUGGAUUUUCGAUGGUGCGGCAUUGGUUCGCGAACCAAGAUUGGUGGUCCAUUUUCAGGUGGUGUACGUGCGGCUAAUAUGCCAGACUAGAGCUUGUUCAAUUGGCUCUUAAUUGGCGAUGUAUAGGUAACAUGUGCUACAAGCGAUCUAGAAUAGACGACACCAUUUUUGCAGCGUUUGUCUUUUGUAUUAAUACGCUUGUACAAAUUCUUUAAUAAUUUCAAAGGCUUUAUUUUUGUUGGAGAAGUUUUAUACGCUGGUGUUAAGGGUCUCUCGUUAGUAGCAAUUGAAAUGGAACGGGUUGCCUAGUUUUGUCUUUUUAUUGUAUAUGGCUGAGGGUGGCGCAGUCUUCAUUAAACAAUUUGUAAUCUGAAAUGAAUAACGAAUCUGAAAUAACGCCGAGUGUCACAUUCGCUGGAUACGGAGAAAGUUUCUCAAAUUUCGUCAACCUGUGUGCUAUUUUUGUCUUCAUGUUAUGCAAGACUAGUAUCUCCUCAGUCUUAGACAAUUUAAAAGUAACGAGGGUUUUGAGUAGCAGUCUUUUUUAAAAGUCUUUGGAUUCAAAUGUUAUGAACAGAAAUUGCUUAUAUUAAAUUAUUUCUAAGCGAUGAUGACAAUGCAGUGCAUUUACAUGUAAUUGGGACGCUUUUGUAAACUUUGUGAUAUUCAGUUAGUUGUCACCCCUAUUUGUGAAAAUGGGCUGCCCUACCUGCUUUAGAUUAUAGCAGUUUUGGUAGAUUCCACUUUGAUCAAAUAGGGGUGUUUCACGGAGAAAGGAUGUACAUAAUGCACAAAGUAUAAACGUGGAAAUAUAUUUGAGUGUAAAUAUUAUAGAUCAUACAAAAUUGAACAUCGGGUCAAUAGUGUUAAAAAAUAACCGCUUCCUGUACAUGUACAUAAAUGAAGAAAUAGUAUAGAUGUCCUUCUUAGCUGUUGAACUACUAUAAAGUGACAGAAAAAAGAUGAUAUACUUUUGAUCUGGAAUAACUCCCAAAAUAUAAAUUUAAUUUUUUUACCCGAUUUCUGUAACGAGUUGAGAAAAUGUGACUUUUCUGCAAAGUACAUGUACCUAUUUGGAUAAGCACUUUCUCUGAAACAUGAAUGUUUGAAUCUCAGUUGGAUAAUUUCCAUAUUUUUUUCAAAAUGACUCAUAUCGAUGUUCAGUAUGAGUAUCGUUUCUAAUCCGGUUCUCUGCCAUGUCAGAGGGCCUCAAAACCGAUGUCACAAUAGAGUUACAUUCUGUAGUAAUAAGAAUUGGUAAAGACUUGGCCAUAUCAACUCUUGGAAGAAGUAACACUUGUCCACAAAGUGGGCUGUGGAUUUAACUAUGAAGGGCUACAGCCACUUUAAAUUGAGAAAAAGUAAAAGCUUUCUAAGCAAACUAGCUAUUGCAUAAACAUCGACACAACAGACCAUGAAACAUCCAAGUAUUGUGACUUUGUCAACAUUUCCAUAAACAAGCUUUAUAAGUACUGGUAGGUAUUAAUUGUGCUUCCCUAAUUUGAUCUUUUUCUAAUCUAUUUCUAAACAAUUUGAGAAUGUGUUCCGUCUUUUUAUAUUGAUGAACAGCAAAGCUUAAAAUUGACACGUGAGUAGUCAACCGGCCAGUCUGUAUGUGCCAAUGUGUAUUGUGAGACACUUGUGGACGACUUCACAGAACCUUAUCUGGCCAAUACUUGAUCAGGUAUUGUGCCUGAUCCCGCAUUUUUCCGACCAGCAGUCUCCCUUUCAAAUGUCUUUGAGCCCUUGGAUCCUGCAUGGGCGCAUAGAGUGCGCUCUGUAGCUUAGCAGAACCAGCUUUAGGUGUAGUCUGCUGCUAAAAGAAUGGUGAAGAAAUUGUUCAGCAAGUAUGUGUUCUGUGGUUGCUUCAAUGGGGCUCCACCUAGGGGUUUGUUUGGUCACCAUCUGCUACUCUAUGACUGUGUGUUGUAGAAAGUAUGAAAUGUGCUGUGUCAUCGAUGGUGCAGCUUUAUGUAAAAUAUGGAAUUGUAAAUAAUGAUAACUUCAACGUUAUUUAUUUGGAUGCGACAUAAUGCAGUGAUGUUUGGAUGAGGGACAGAGGCGUACCUGUCCAUGAUUCCGAUCAUUUUGUACUUUAGUUUUUAAGAUGAUAAUGCUGUAGUGUAAAAAGUUGAGUUUUGCUCAGUCUUUCUGAAUAGUUUGCUUGUGAUAAAAACACUUAAGUUUAAAACUGUCUCUGAAGUAGUCCGCCAUUUCCUCAAACAAACAACUGGUUGGUAGCAACUUCUCCGUUACACUCGUAAUGGUCGACUUUAAAGGUGGACUAUUUGCAGGAGCUAGGGGUUGAAUUGGUAGUCUUCAGGUGACUAGUAUCUACAGAAGCCUGUGUCAUAGGAUGAGACCAGAGAGAAACCUUUGCCUGCCGCUUUGUGUGACCUAAUCUGACCUACCUUGCUCCUUCCUUUAGUCUCCCUUUAAGUUGUGCCAGUUUCCUACUGAAUGUAAAGUUAACCCUCUCAAGACUGAUGGUGGGUGUUUGAAAUGUCUAAUCAAAUUCAAUAGGAAUCUCUUGCAUGCGGCUGUCAAUGCAAUUCUUGUACACCCCCUCCUCAAGGGUAGGACUCACUUUGACAGAGACAAACUUGGAAUUCUUGGUAAAUCUGAUGUCUUUCUUCAGUUUGACAAUAGAUGGCUCCACAGCUUUGUUUAAUUUCCUUCUCAAUAUGAACCAUUUCUUAUCGAUGUUGACUAUAGUUGCUUUCAUUGUGGCAUCAGAAUGUAACAUGCAUUUUUUGUUAAUAAAAGUUCUUUAUCAAU